AUGACACCUUUGCUGUCGCUGGUGCUGCUGGACCUGUUCGGCCUCGUCUCUGCGGCUCUGGACCCGGCGGCAGAAUCUCUGGCCCCUCAUCGGAAGAACGUGUAUCGGGCGGUGACUGUGGGAGACAACGUUACCCUGGAAUGUCCGCACGAGACCCAGGUCUUCAAAUACUUCUGGUACGAGCAGAGUCUGGGGGAGACGCCAAGACUGGUGGCUAGCAUCUACCGCGGCGCCUCUACCAUAGUCAUGGACACACGCUUUACUGUCUCCACUGACGACAGUAAAAAUAACUUGGAGAUGUCCAACGUGCAGCCGUCACACUCCGCCACCUACUACUGCAUCAUGAGCUACUCCAUGACGUUUGAGUUUGUGCGAAGUGUCACCGUCUUCGUGAAGGGAGCGCAGCCGGACGUCCAGCAACCCUCGCACAGAGACGUGAAGCCGGGACAGACAGUGGUCCUGAACUGCACUGUGCAAACCGGACCGUGUGAGGGACCGCGAGACGUCUACUGGUUCAAGGACCAUAGUGACCAGUGCGAGCCCAACGUGACCAGUGCGGACAGAUCUUGCGUCUACAACCUGCCCCUGAACAACGUGAGCUGGGAGCAAACUGGGACAUACUACUGCGCUGUGGCCGCUUGCGGACUGGUGGUGUUCGGGGGCGGGACCAGGCUGGUUAUCAAAGCUGCUCCUGCCUCUGUCUACUUCCUGAGUGGAGCGUUGGUCUUCACCUGCUGCCUGCUCUUCGCCGGUUUUCCCAGACUGGUCCAGUUCAUGGCUGCCCAGCAGGACGAUGGACAAGGCCGAGGAAAGAUGGACGUCAGCGGCACAUGGAGCGAAUGCAUCUACCUCAGUGUGCAAUAA